AAGACGAGAGAACUUUCCCUGCUCCAGUGAAAAAUGUCAAAAGCUCGAGUGCAUAUGACACAUGGUACCAGGUACCUGUGUUUAUUGCGAAUGGCAAAGAAAAAACAUGAGAAGCAAGGAUCGUUGACAAUGACAGUUAGUCUAGCAGCAGGUGGAUCGUUGGGUCAAUAAUAGACCGCUCGAGGCAAAUAGAGCGCAACAGAGCGGGAAUUGACGCAUCAUCACAGAGGUUUUAAGGGAUGAUGGUGACACUCCAUUUCCGGGGUUAACCAAUAUAAAAGCAGUCACGCCCGUUACGUGUCAACGCUCCAAUAUCACAAAAUAGCAGUAUAGCUCUAUUAAUUAUUAAAAAAACAUGUCAAUGCAUCAUGAAAAAUGUUCAAGAUUUUUCAUUAAUCAUUUAUUUCUGUAUCAGUCAAAUCGGAGUAAUUCUCAUGUACUACUAAUUUUUUUAUUGAGUCUAUUGAUUAGUUUUAUUUUGUUUUGUUUUUGAAUUUUUUUUACAUUUGCAACAUCAUGACGGUCGUGGCGACAGCUGGUUUAGGAGUCAGAUGCCCUUGAUACAGGCUCGUUCGUUCACCAAGGUCACUACGAGAGGAUUUUGUCCGAUUUGUAAAUGACGGAAUUCAGCGGACAAUAGUUUACAAAUAAGUGACGUAUGCCAUUGUGAAUUGUUUGUAUUUAUCUUAUUCAUUUUUUUUCUUCUCCUACUAAUAACAAAAUUAUCACAUUGUCAUAAUAACUCUACUCAACUCAAAGUUGCUAUCGUUUGUGAGGAUUAAAAAAGAGAUAGUAGUGAUAAAAAAGUAUACUGGUCACAGAUCUAUGAGUAGCAAUGAGUGAAGCAAUGAAAAAGAGUAAGACACAAAUGAUGAGAACAAAAAAGAAGAGAAGAAAGAAGGAUCUCGAUCAAGUAAGACGUCAGGUACUGAAUACAAGGAAAAAAUGGAGACAAAGAUGUUAUGGAGAAACGGGAUUAAAUUUUAAAGUGGAAAAUUCGUUGAGAAAAACACUGAACCAAUUUGCUCCGACAAGACAGAACAAUGAUGAUGAGACAAAUGGUAUAACAAAAAAUGAUGGAGAAGAAAUAAGACAAAGAACUUUGUGUGAUCGACUCCUUCCUCAACCGUCUAUUGGAAUUUAUCGAAAUGCUAUUAGUGGUAAACAAGUGCAAAAAAAAAUUGCUAUGUCUGAAAAAAAUGGAAGACAACAGCCCGGUGAUGUUGUAAAGCUCCUUAACGGUGAUGGAUAUUUAUUAAAAAAAUUUGAGGGCGUAAGAGUUUGCGAUGAAAAUCAAUUGGACAGCCUGAAGACAACUAGAGAGAGCUCUCACUGGAUCACGACAAUUGGUGACAAAUGCAAACGCAAAUCAAUUGAUGAAGAGCAAGAAGAUCAACAGGUUAUUAACAUCAGAAUGAAUACAAGUUGUGAUACAAAAAGCAACAAAUCAAAGUCAAGAAAUUUUCCAUCAAAGGAGUCGUGGCGAGUAACACCAACUAGAAGUGAUAUAGAAAAUAAUCAAUCAGAGAGGCUGGAGCAUUUGACAGGUGAGAAAAAUUCAGAAAUCCAGUCAGUGAGACGCUGGCGCUGGUCACCUGUAACCUGUUUUGAAGAAUUUUGUGCACAACUCUGCAUUGAACGUUUUGUAAACUGUCCUCUAGAUUACUUUCCAGCUCCUGGAGAGAAAAUUGCAAUAUUUCUGAGAGAUACAUACGCAGAGUCCAAUCAUUCUAAUUGUGAUUUUUACGUAUUAUGCAAAGAGUCAGAGAAGAAGAGUCCUAUAGCCAAUUGCGUAGAACAAAGGAAAUCGACAGCCAGAGAUUUUUCAUACACAUCCUAUUCAGCAAUUGAUGAUGAAAGCCAAGAAUGGAGUAGGAAUUAUGAGAUGGCACAUGAUCGGUCUACUUACAGAUAUGAAAAUGGAAAUGAAAAAAUAUCGAAAAAGAGAAACAAUUUAACAUAUUUUACUGAAAUUUCAAAUGAUUUUGUACAACAGAAUCCUGAGAAAAUGAAAUCAUCAGUUAAAUGUCAUGACAAUCUAGAUGCGGUGAAUCAUAAUACAUCACAUCAAGCCAUUCCUUUGUUUAGUGAGAAAUUUAAUAAACACGCACCAGUCCUUCCAUCGAUGGCCGAUUCACAAAUAAAUCAAUCACUCAAUAAUAUACAUGACAAAUAUGAUAUGAUCCAAACACCAAGUGUUAUAUUUCGUUUAAUUCGCCAUGAUAAAUUUCUCAAUGUGAAAAGUAAGAAUUACGAAAACAUUGGGAUAGACAAAGAUAUAUUUCAGGAUACGGCUGAUACAUUUUAUAAUUAUGAUUCUCAUCAUUAUCAACACUCAUAUGAGAAUGAUGAAUGUCUGGUGGAAAAUAAAUUGAAGGACAGGUCAGAAAAGUUGAAAGGAUUGGUGAGGUUUUCAGAGAGUAAUGCUCCUCGAGAAUCAAUUAGUAGAUUGCCAUUACAUUUCAAAUCAAAUGGCAUCAACGAAUGGCAGCAUAAGACAUUAUUAUAUAAUAAAAAAACUGAUUGUUUUUUUAAAAGCAAUGCUAGUGCAAAAGAGGAUGCUGUUGCUAGUGACUUGAAAGUUUUGCCCUCCCAUGAUGAUUAUUAUUUCAAUCAAGCCAAUCAACGAAAUGAAAAUAAAAAAGUGAAAAAACAAUCAAAAGAGAUGCAGCAACCAAUCAAGUAUUUUGCAGUUGAGAAUAAGUAUGAUAUUAGGAAUUGUCCUCGGCGUAUUGCAGUUUAUCCGCAUAAAUAUCCAUACAACAGUGAGGGAGCUCCAUUUAGUGCAACUACACCUUCGUUAUUAGUAGCUGAUCCACUUAUUUUAUUUAAUCCAGAGAAAAGAAAACACAAAAUGGAAUGUGACACUGUAAAUUCAAGAAAAGGCCGAGAUAAACCAUCAGAACUAUGGAACACAAAACAAUGGAUCAAUACUCCAUUUCAAAAUGAUCUUUCGUCUUCAAAUUAUUAUAAAAAUUACCGGAGUGAUACUGAUAGACCACUGCUGAAUCAUGCUACACAUCGCCAAUUCCUCUUCGAUAAUAUCAAUAAUUAUUACUAUUAGUUUGAUUUUACAAUUUUUAUAUAAAUAUUUCUAUUAUUAUGUGAUAUAUUUCAUUAGUAAAUAUAAAUGGACUGAGAUUAAGGCAUUUAUUUU